UGUAAGAAGCCUUUCCCCCUCCUCUUCCUCCUCUUCUAAAUUUACUGCUCCACUCCCUCCCUCUCCUCGAAAAAAUCCCAUGUAAAACCCUGUACCUUCUUUCCCUUUCCCCUCCAAGAUCUAAAUAUUUUUCUUCGAUCUGUUCGUUUGAUCGAUUUGUUUUACAAUGGCAACUACUCUUUCGAUUCCGAUAAUGAGACUGGCUGCAUACGGUGCGAACCGUAGUAUCAUCAAACUCCUGAUUCCUCCGACCCAAAGAAGAAGAUGCAGUGGAAAAGUUCUGAGUUCUCAGGGUUCUUAUCAGUUAAUAAUAUCUGCAAUGUCGCAGAGUUCUGUUGAACAUGUGGAACAACUGGCUCCUGAUUUGGAAGUGAGUGAUUCCACUCAAGAAUUGGAGAAGCCGUUUUCUUAUAUAUUUAGGGCUGAAACCGGCGGGCUGGCGAAGGUAUUGGUGGGGGUGAAAGAUAUGAAGUAUGCUGUUCGUGUUGAAGUUUCAUUUUUGCCUCGGGCUGUUGGGGAGGAUGGGUUGGUUAUGAAUUGGGGCAUGUUCAGGUCUGAUUCUAAACAAUUAUUAGUUCAGGAUUCACAGGUGGCGUUUGUCCAGAACUCGUUGGGAGGAUAUAUGGUGGAAUUGGAGUUCGAUUCUGUUGAGAUCCCAUUCUAUCUCUCGUUUUUGCUGUCCUCGCCGUCGGUCUCAGAGAUAAGAACUCAUAAGAAGACAAAGUUUUGUGUUCCUGUUGGUAUAGGUCCGGGAUGUCCUAUGCCCUUGGGUGUUUCUAUUUCUGAUGAUGGAGCCAUCAAUUUUUCUGUGUUCUCGAGGAAUGCAGAGGGUGUUGUUUUGUAUCUGUUUGAUGGGAGAACAAGGGAACCGUCGUUAGAAAUUGAUUUGGAUCCAUAUGUUAAUCGUACAGGUGAUAUAUGGCAUGUUUCGAUGGAGAGUAUAGAGAACUAUGCCGGCUAUGGAUAUCGCUGUAAGGGAUUAGCACUUUGGGAUAAGGGGGACAAAUUUCAUGCGCAUGAUAUCUUGUUGGAUCCAUAUGCCAAGGUGCUUGGAGAUUUUGUUCUGGAUCAAGGUGAAUCGAUGUCCUUAGCAAAGUGUCUUGGCUCUCUAGACAUUGAACAUGGCUUUGAUUGGACCGGCGAUGUCCAUCCGUGUCUUCCAAUGGAGAAACUGGUUGUUUAUCGACUGAAUGUGGGGCAGUUUACAAAGCACAAGACCAGCAGGCUGCCUGAAAAUGUUGCUGGGACUUUUGCUGGUCUGAUCGAGAAAGUAGAACAUUUGAAAUCGCUGGGUGUUAAUGCAGUUUUGUUAGAGCCUAUAUUUUCCUUUGAUGAGCAAAAAGGCCCCUACUUUCCAUAUCAUUUCUUUUCACCAAUGAACUCAUAUGGGUAUGCAUCUGAUGGUGUUUCAGCUAUCGAUUCUAUGAAAAAAAUGGUUAAAAUGCUGCAUGCCCAUGGCAUAGAGGUUCUUUUGGAGGUUGCUUUCACUCAGACUGGUGAGGGGGAAGAUGCAGCCUGUCGGACAAUAUCAUUUCGAGGAAUUGAUAAUUCAUCUUAUUAUAUUGUUGACAGGGACUUGGGGUAUGGGGCCCAUAAUGCGUUGAAAUGUAGUAAUCCUGUUGUUCAGCAACUGAUUUUGGACAGCCUCCGGCAUUGGGUGAUAGAAUUUCAUGUUGAUGGCUUUUGCUUUAUUAAUUCUUCGUUUCUGGCUCAAGGCCUAAAUGGUGAUUAUUUAUAUCGCCCACCUUUAGUUGAAGCUAUAGCAUUUGAUCCAAUACUGUCCAAGACAAAGAUCAUUGCGGACUGCUGGUCCCCACCUGACAAUUCAUACAUGGAAAUCCGAUUCCCUCAUUGGAAAAGGUGGGCAGAAAUGAAUACAAGAUUUUGCAGUGAUGUAAGGAACUUUUUGAGGGGUGAAGGACUUCUCAGCAACCUUGCUACCCGACUUUGUGGCAGUGGGGAUCUCUUCUCUUCCAGGGGUCCAGCAUUCUCUUUCAAUUAUAUUACAAAGAACUUUGGACUAAGUCUUGUUGAUUUGGUCAGCUACAGUGAUGGUGACCUUGCUUCAGAAUUAAGUUGGAAUUGUGGUGAAGAAGGUCCCACAAACAAUAAUACUGUCCUUGAUCUCCGGCUUAAACAAAUACGGAAUUUCUUGUUUGUCCUGUUCGUUUCACUUGGUGUUCCUGUUCUUAAUAUGGGAGAUGAGUGUGGCUACUCAACAGGUGGUACACCGUCUUACAUUGACAGGAAACCUAUUGGCUGGAAUGGCCUAAAAACAGUCUUUGGCAGGCAAAUUACACAAUUCAUUGCAUUUCUGAGUUCCCUUAGAGUGCGUAGAGGAGAUAUUUUUCAGAGAAGGGACUUUCUGAAAGUAGAAAACAUUGACUGGCAUGGAAGUAGUCAAUCUCAGCCAAAUUGGAGAGAGCCAUCGUGCAAGUUCCUUGCCGUGACAUUGAAGGCAGAGAUGGAUGACAAGCUGUCAAAUUCAAAUGAUGGUGACUUGUUCAUUUCUUUCAAUGCUAGUGACCUCCUGGAGAGUGCUGUCUUGCCUGAACAAUCAGAAGGAAUUGUUUGGCUUCGGUUGGUUGAUACUGCUCUUCCGUUUCCGGGAUUCUUUUCAAGUGAUUCUGAUCCCGAUGUUCAUCAGGCUGCAGGAUUAUCAUCCUAUGAUCUGAAGCCGCACAGCUGUGUCUUAUUUGAAGCAAAAAGGAGCACCCAUUGAACUGGAGCACCAGUGCAGCCGCUCUUAUGUCUUAUUUGCUAUUAAGUGGCAGGAUUUUGUUGAUAUUUCUAUCCCCCUGUCAAAUAAGCAUCUUGUAUCCUAAUUUUGGAAUCUGAUUAUUAUAACAAUUUGCAUAUCUUGUAAUAUGACCUGAAAGUUUAUAUGUUCA